AAUAACGAAAGAUGUUGGAAGAUAAACCCGGCCCGGCUUUUGUUUGUCCCUUACUUUACCUUAUCCUUAUCUUGAAACGUAAACAAAACAAAGCGAGUGGCCACGAACAGAGGGGGAGUUCGGGGUGUUUCCUACUGCGUCACCAGAGCGAGAGGUUUGUUCCAAAUGAAACUAGUCUAUUUGAUUGUUCUAAGCAAAAGGAGGAUGGAUGGCCGGUGAUGAAGAUUGCCCGAGGUGAGAACGAGACUUUGAUUGUCCUCUCCCCUCGUCCCGGUCGGUCCCUCGUUCCCUCCCCCCCGGAGCCCGGGUCUGUAUCAGUGAUGGACUUCAAUGACAUUGCCCUGAAGUACAGGUCCUCUGUCCAGUACAGCGCCCUACCGGAAGUGACGGACGACGACGAGAAGGACCAUGAACAAUUCCUGCAGGAAGUGAUCUACCACGACGACCCGGAACCUCGGCCGAAUCCUGUCACCAUGACUCCCGGAAAGUCUUUGUCGUUGACCCAGAUAAUUCUGCUGAAUGCAGUGGUCUGCGGUGUAGAGAUCUGCGCAUGCGCUGGUUUUACAUACAUACCUCCAAUGCUGCUAAAGGCUGGAUACACAGAGGAAAAUAUGAGUAUAAUUUUAGGAAUGGGGCCCCUUUUGGGUUUCAUCUUUGUUCCGAUAAUAGGUCGCGCCAGUGAUAACUGUUUCAGUUCUUGGGGACGGAGGCGGCCAUUUAUUGUAGGAAUCUCAUCAAUUCUUAUGUUCGCCUUGAUAACGAUUCCAUACAGUGACUGGAUUAGUUUGUCUCUAUUUGGGCCGGGAAGCAUGAGUAAAACUGGGGCGCUGCUGAUUCUGACGAUAGGGGUCGUCCUGCUUGAUUUUACUAGUCAGGCAUGUCUCACGCCAUGUGAAGCGUUACUAAGUGACGCAUCCAAGGAUACUAACCAACAAGAGCGAGUGUUCAUGGUAUAUUCUCAGAUGGUCUCGUUGGGAGGAUUUCUUGGGUACCUUAUCACGGCCCUGGACUGGAACACCACGGCGAUCGGAGCGCUGAUUGGCGGGCAAGAAAGAACCGUGUUCUCUAUGUUAGUCUUCCUGUUUAUGUUUUUGUUGUUUGUGACUGUAGCUGUAGCAAACGAGGAACCACAUAUUGUUUCUAAAAAUUCCCAGGCCCCGGAUAUAAAGCCUGUGGAGGUCACCCCCACCACGGUUGUGUUCACUGGUCCCGCGAUGGAGUCGGGCUAUGAAUCUAGUGACUCGGACGAAGCCUCUUUGCCAAACGUUUUACGAAAAUCUCGUUCCCGAUCUCGACGUCACAAAAAGAAAUUCCGUCCUAUUAUGUUGUUGUGCAUGCCUUUUGUUUUCAUCUUAAAGCGUUUCAGAAUAUUUUCAUACGUGCAGUUCUAUGGUAGACUAGUCUUUGGUGCGAUACAAGACAAACUUCCAGAAUCAGUGAAGCUGCUGUUGGACGUCCCAUACGUGCUCCGUAAACUGGCCGUGGCUAACUUCUGCAGCUGGACUGCAGUAAUGGGUUUUAAUCUGUUCUUCACAGACUUUGUGGGGCAAGCUGUGUAUGAAGGAAAUCCCAACGCGGAGGAAAACUCUUACCUGCGAGCUCGAUAUGACGAGGGUGUUCGAAUGGGUUCAUGGGGUCUUCUCUUUCAUUGCAUCACUUCCGCUCUGUAUGCAUUCUUUGUGGAAAACUUGGUGGAGCGUUACGGGAUCCGGCGGACGUACGCUGCGGGGAUGAUGACCUUCACCUUGUCAAUGGGAGGCAUGGUUUUAUUCCGGAACAUCUACUUUGUGAACACAAUGGCAGCGCUGACUGGGUUCGGAUAUGCCACUCUCACGACAAUCCCUUUCAUCAUUGUCACGAAAUAUCACUCAGAAAAAGAGAUUUACUUCCGGACUGAGAAUGGCAAGAACAACUUCCGGGGCAUUGGAACAGACAUCGCAACGCUAGACUCUGCUUACUUUCUGUCACAAGUUGUCCUCUCAGGAAUUAUGGGAUACAUUGUUCACUUGACUGGAACUGUACUAUCUUACAUGAUCACGGCAGGGGUUAUGGGAAUGUUAAGUUGUAUUUUCAUUCAGAGUAUCAUUACGUCACGUGAGGAAAUGAUUGGCUUAACAAAAGUGGGCAAUUCUGUUAUUAAUAUAUGAAAUGUUACCGAGGGUUUGUCCUUUACUUCAUACCAGGUGCUUUACCCGUGUAUCAAUACUCUUCAAAUUAUACUCUUGUUGUGUAUUCGGUGCUUUAACGUUCUCGGAUUUACUUAUUUAAUUUAAUACACCUACAUGUUUUGAAAUUUAUAUGAUACAUAACGUGAUUCCAUGUUUAAUGCACAUCAUGUAUUACUUUUUAAUUGUAAUUAUUUCUCAGCUUUAUAUAAUUUACUUUCUGUUUUGUAACUUUACAUAAUUUACUUUCUGUUUUGAAUAAUGUUGGAGUGCUGACGAAAAAACGGCUUAUUUUAGUAAACCUACCAACGAAUAGGUUGUUCCGCAAUAUUGACGAAAUCUUGAAUUAGAAAUACUUGUGAAAUUUCCCAAUUAGCUGGCUUAUUAGUGUGAAUAAUAUAAAGUUGUCAAAAAUGUAUUAAUUUCUUAUUUACCUGUUUAUAUCCGCUUUAUGGUGGACACUGUGGAAAAAGUAGAAAGAUGGUGCUUUAUAGUUGUUGCUUAUUUUACUUAACUGAUAUUGAUGCAAUAAACGAUGGCCAAUCAAUGUGUAACAGACGUGAGGUACUGAGGUUGGCUAAUGUUGUUGUUCCCAGUCCUUAUCAAAGUACUUAUUCAUACAGUUCACAAAACUCUCUUAACUAUGUAAAAGUGAUAAAUUUAUUCAUUUCUACUUUGUAGUUGUAUCUUUAUUUAUAUAUAUAUAUAUAUAUAU